GAAAAAGGUGCCAUUACUGGGAUUGAUCUCUUGUUUGGUCCAGAAGCUGUUGAUCCCAGACCUAAUUGGAAUCUUAUAACCAGCCCACUUUCUGGAAUGGCCAAUCCUUCUGAUUUGCCGGUAUUUUUAACCUAUCGUAGAGGACCAAAGCUUGACUACAAAAAAGAAUACAAGGUUCCUAUCAAGAUGAACUCCGAUGAUAAGUUCAAGAUUCUUCAAGUUGCUGAUUUGCAUUUUGCUACCGGAUAUGGAAAAUGCCGUGAUCCCGUGCCAGCACUGUCACUGAAGGGUUGUAAAGCCGACGAAAGAACAUUGCAAUUCUUGGAAAAAGUUCUUGAUAUUGAACAACCUGAUUUUGUGGUUUUAACUGGUGACCAGGUGUUUGGAGAUGAAGCGCCUGACGCGGAGUCGGCCGUUUUCAAAGCCUUGAAUCCAUUCAUUAAACGAAAGAUUCCAUUCGCAGUAACAAUGGGAAAUCAUGAUGAUGAAGGGUCAUUAUCAAGAAAGGAAAUGAUGAGUGUAAGUGUAGAUUUGCCAUACUCGCAAGCUGCUGUUGGGCCCGUUGAAGUUGACGGCAUUGGAAACUAUGUGGUUACCAUAGCUGGUGGAGCUUCAAAAAGUACUACUGCGUUGUCAUUGUACUUUUUAGAUACCCAUAAAUAUUCCACCAACCCCAAGGUUACUCCUGGUUAUGACUGGCUUAAGGAGACUCAGCUAAAUUUCCUUAAGCAAGAAUAUGCCAGUUUGAAAUCGUCGAUUGAGACAUACCCCAAGACGCACAUGGCGAUGGCAUUUUUCCAUAUUCCAUUACCAGAAUACAGAAACUUGAAUCAGCCAUUUAUUGGCCAGAAUCUUGAAGCUGUUACUGCCCCUCGGUACAAUUCUGGAGCUCGGAAUGUUUUAGCGGAUUUGGAUAUCAAGGUGGUUAGUGUGGGACACGACCACUGUAAUGACUACUGUUUAUUGGAUGUUCAAAAGAAGGACGAGCAGCUGCAGGAGAAUAAGAUGUGGUUAUGUUAUGGUGGCGGAUCAGGAGAAGGUGGGUAUGGAGGUUAUGGAGGUUAUAUUCGACGUUUGAGAGUCUAUGAUGUGGAUACGUCCAAGGGGGAGAUCAAGAGUUGGAAGCGGGCCGAGAAUGAUCCUAAUACGAAGUUUGAUGAGCAGAUCUUGGUAACUGGUGGUGAUGUAGUUAAUUGGUAAAGCUGUGUAACUUCUAAAAUAAAUUAUUUGCAAU